AUGGGGCAUGAUCCAUUGGCCGCAAGUCCCGACGCCAAUACUCGAGCAAUCUUCGUCCUAGCAGCGAAAAAAUCCCCUUUUAAUGUCUAUGGAAACCCAUUCUACGACCACGCGGGAUGGGGCAACGUUUUGUCGGUCGACCAAAAUGGCGCCCUGGAGAAGUGUGUCCAAAACUACGAAUAUAGCCCUAAGACUGGAAUCCACGGCAUGGUCUUCGAUUCCAGCGAGACAUAUCUCUACUCAGCCGAUUUACGAGGAAAUAAAAUAUGGACGCAUAAAAAAGAUCCAGAAACGGGCCAUCUAACCUUGGUCAACAGUCUCGAGGCACCAGAUCCAUUGGACCACCCUCGAUGGGUUGCUCUACAUCCAGGCGAUAAAUAUUUAUAUGUCCUGAUGGAAGCAGGAAAUAGACUUGGAGUUUAUGUUAUUGAUGAACAAACGCAUUGUCCUGUAUUCACCCACAUUACAUAUCCACUUAUUCCUCCUGGGAUACCAAAUCCCAAUGGAAAACUGUACCGCUCGGAUGUCGUAUUCCUCUCUCCCAGCGGCAAAUAUCUCUUCGCCACCUCUCGAGCUAACGCAUUCCACCUUACUGGGUACAUUGCAGCUUUUGCUUUGGGCCCAGCCGGCAAUAUCGAGAGACAGAUAUGUCUAAAUCCCACGCCAACAAGUGGAGGACACUCCAACGCUGUCAGCCCGUGUCCCUGGAGUGACGAAUGGCUAGCGUUGACGGAUGACCAGGAGGGUUGGUUAGAGAUUUACAGAUGGAAGGAUGAAUUUCUAGGGAGGGUCGCUCAUUGUGAUGUCAAGGAGCCUGGGUUUGGGAUGAAUGCUAUUUGGUACGAUUGA